AUCAGGACCCUCUCCCUACCCCCACCAUCUAACUCUCCAUCCUCCUCAUUGGCCAGAAUGCAUUUCCUUGGGAGAAUGGAUGAACAUGGGACUUCCUGGGCAAGAUCGGCAGCUGCUACUUUCUUCUAGUGUUAGCAGGGUACCUGGAACAAAGAUCCCCUGACACCUCAGGGUCAGAGGACCCUUCCAUGAGUUCCCGGCCCCUGGAGCUACCUGCCGCCGCCGCCGUCGGAGGGUCUUCCUCAGUCAAAUCCUGGUCUGUGGACGAGAAGGCUUCCCCUGAGGUCAGCACUGGUAGCUGCGGGCUGUCAGAGGGCCCAGGCCGCGAAUCCCACUGCCGGGGGGCCCGCCGCCUUCGCACGGCUUUCACGACCAAGCAGAUCAGCACUCUGGAGAGCUCCUUCAAACGCCACCACUACUUGGGCGCUGCUGAGAGGCGCAAACUGGCCGGCAAGAUGCAGCUGUCAGAAGUUCAGAUAAAAACCUGGUUCCAGAAUCGCCGCAUGAAGCUGAAGCGCCAGCUGCAGGAUUUGAGGCCCCCCGACCCUCCUCCAGGCUUCCCCCUCCACCUCUACAGCCCCCUGCUUUUGCGCUCUGCACCAAUGCCGCCUCCAGGCCUGCCAUACGCUUACCCCAGUUCACCGCAGCUCCGAGUCCCCAGCCUUGUCCAGGAGCCCUUUGCUGGUGGCCUGACCCUUCCACCUCUGCCCCUUCUGCCCUUACCCCCCAGCUCCUGCAAAGUGGCCCCUUCUGCCAUCCCGUCGGUGCUGGCUUGUUUGCUGAGCGGUUGCCCGGACCAGGCCUCCUUCCUGAGGGCAUUGUGACAUUCGAGGCCCGCCCAUUUUGAGGGU